CCAACAAAAAUUACGGCGUGGAUUUAUGGUUAAAAUUUAGCGAGACUGUUUUUCCUUGUUAAAAUUAAGUUAUUUUUGUUAUAAUUUAGGUAACAUACAGUAUCUGUACCAAUAUUAGUAUCUAAAAGUUGUAUAUGAUAUAUAAUGACAGAUAUUUCAAAACUUUUAAGGCAAAGUUUGUGCUUAUCAUUCAGCGUAGCGUGUAAGCCGAGCUCUCCGGUGUUUUGUGCAUUAUAGCAGUGGCGGACAGUCUUUUACGAAAUGGUGCCGGUGUUUUUCGCUAACGGAUCUAAAGAGAGUUCUUCGUGAUUGUUUGUGUAUAUAAAGUAGAAGGCAGAAGCAGAAUGUACCCAACGCCGUCGCGGCAUCCAGCCGCCGCGGUAAGGGGGCCGCAACCCACUCCAGGUUCUUUAAAGUUUACAGUAGCAGACACAUUAGAAAGGAUAAAAGAGGAAUUUAAUUUUUUACAAGCACAAUAUCACAGUUUAAAAAUAGAAUGUGAAAAGCUGGCCAAUGAAAAAACAGAAAUGCAAAGGCAUUAUGUUAUGUAUUAUGAAAUGUCUUACGGAUUGAAUGUGGAAAUGCACAAACAGACAGAGAUAGCAAAACGUCUCAGUGCUAUAAUCGGACAAGUGCUUCCGUUCCUGGCGCAAGAGCACCAGCAGCAAGUUGCUUCGGCCGUCGAUAGAGCGAAGCAAGUCACCAUGUCCGAGCUCAAUGCUAUCAUUGGGCAAAAUCAACUACAUUGCCUACAACAUCUCUUUCAACAGAUACACGCACAGGCCGGUCUGGGCGCCCACGGGGUGGCGGCGGGGGGGCUGCUGGGGGCGGGGAUGUUGUUCGCGCCGGGAGGCGCCCCGCCCCCGCCUCAUAUACCCCCGCCCGCUCAUAAGGUUGAGUUGCCUCCUCCCUCGGAUAUCAAGCCACCUCUGCUAGGUCCUGCGCCCCCGGUACCGCCUCAUCCACAUCCGCCGAGGGACGACGCCCGAUUGCAACAGAGACGAUCGGUGUCCCCACACGAACGAGAACAGAAAUACAGGCCUCGUUCACCCGAACCAGAGGCUUUGGAUGCAAAACGUCGGAAAGAGGAGAAGGUACUCAGUCAUGUGAGUCUGUGUAGUGAUAGCGACGCGGAGAAAAGUGAUCAAGAUCUAGUUGUUGAUGUUGCUAAUGAGGAAGAAAGGGGGUCGCCUGGUGGUCGGACAUCGGGCGAGCGAGCCGAGAACGGCCCGCGACCUCCUUCGCGCUCUGGUUCUUCGUCAAGCCGGUCCACGCCCAAGAGUUCCAAAGACGAAAAGCCCGGCACGCCCGGCGGGAAGGUCCCCCGCGCCGCCACGCCCACCGGCGCGGCGCGGUAUGGCUUCCCCUACACCUACCGCCACAACGCGCCCUUCGACCCCGCCAAUAACUCUCAUAAUACCCCCCAUUUGAGGCCCAAUGGCAUAGGGCCCACUAAAUCCGCGUACUCGUUCCACUCGUGCGGCGGGCCGCUGCAGCCCGUGGGGUUCCCGGCGGACGCGCUGGCGGCGCCGGGCGUGCCGCGCGGCGCGCGCCAGGCGGCGGCGCUGGCGCACGGCGAGGUGGUGUGCGCCGUGGCGCUGGCGGCGGCGGGCGGCGCGCGCCGCGCCUUCACCGGCGGCAAGGGCUGCGUCAAGCUGUGGGACGUCAGCUCCCCCGGCUCGCCGGCCGCGCUCGAACCCUUGUCGCAGUUGGAUUGCUUGCAACGUGACAACUACAUCCGCUCAGUAAAGUUGCUACCAGACGGUCGUACACUUCUAGUUGGUGGCGAGGCGUCCACUUUAUCGAUGUGGGAUUUAUCCUCUCCCACACCUCGUUUAGUGGCCGAGCUUACUGCCGCCGCGCCAGCCUGCUACGCCUUAGCUGUCAGUCCCGACUCCAAGGUGUGUUUCAGUUGCUGUUCGGACGGAAACAUCGCAGUAUGGGAUCUGCAAAAUCAAACUUUAGUUAGACAAUUCCAAGGUCACACAGACGGCGCGUCUUGCAUAGACAUAAGUCCGGACGGGACGCGCCUCUGGACCGGCGGGCUGGACAACACCGUGCGGUCCUGGGACCUGCGCGAGGGCAGACAGCUAAAUCAACACGACUUUUCCAGUCAGAUUUUCUCUUUAGGGUACUGCCCUACUGGUCCAUGGCUAGCGGUGGGCAUGGAGAACUCCCACGUGGAGGUGCUCCAUGCGAGCAAGCCCGACCGCUACCAGCUAUUGCUGCACGAGUCCUGUGUCCUCUCCUUGAAGUUCGCGGCCAGUGGGAAGUGGUUUGUCUCCACUGGGAAGGACAACCUCCUUAACGCCUGGCGGUCGCCGUACGGAACUAGUAUAUUCCAGUCGAAGGAGUCGUCAUCAGUUCUAAGUUGCGACAUAUCAUCCGAUGACAAAUACAUAAUCACGGGUUCUGGAGACAAAAAGGCGACGAUAUACGAAGUUUUAUACUGAUACGAACAAGGAUGUCAAGAAUGAAUAAGAUGAACAUGUCACUUUUAGAAAAUGGCGUAAUUCAACGAAAGAUUACUAUAGGAUAGCAUAACCGACUUUCUUGGUUAUUGAAUCAAUUUUAGAUUUUAUUUGUGACGUCAGAAUUAUUGAAAAAUUAAAGUAACAAGGUUGGUCUCCUUCCCGGAGAGACUACUAAAAAGACUAAAUGUAAAAUAUUAUAAGGCCAGUGGUGUCAUCAUAUGCGACUUUAGUGACAAAGAUAUGACUGGUUACUGAUGUAAUUGAACGGAAAUAUUGAUGGUAGAUUGAAAACAGACUGACUGUUGAUUGAUAGUAAUCUCAUAGGCAAUACGCAAAUAGUGGUCCAGUGAAGUGAGAAGUUAAUGCGCUUGAGUCGUGCGCCUGUUGAAACUUGUUACAUACAACAAAACAAUAACAUUCCGUUUUUUUAGUAUUUGUAACUCAAAAACGAGACUAUUAUUGUUUUGAGGUCUAUUGAAUGAAUUUUUCACGGUUAGGAUUGACUCGACUGAGAAGCAUAGCGUCAAUCAAUACAAAAAUUCCUAAAUUAUAGCGAUGAUGAGUGAGUGGUAAAAAACGCACAGUCGAAACUACAGUCAGCUAGAAUUUGACAUCUUACUAUAUUGAUUGCUUAAUCUUAAGUCUUUUUCUUCUUUCUCGUUUCUUUCUUCUGAUGAUGAAAUCUUUAAUUUUGUGCAAUUAUGUUGUCAGAGAAGAUUUUUCGAAAUUGCUGGGGAAUGGAGGUAAAGCUACUCCUCUCCUUUAUUUCUGGUCAAACUUUAAAACAGAUUUUUAUGCAAACAGCAAGAUUUUGGCUAAAGCUUUGCUUCCGCGGCGAUUUUAAAAUCCUUACUACCUGUGUGUUUCGCCUGUGCGUUGUUAAAUACCAGCCGUCUUUCCUCUUAAAACUUUCUACAUAUAAUUCUUGUAGUGUCGUAUAAAAUACCUACAUGUUUUAACAGGCGCCCGAUUUGAUACUACUUGUAAUUUUAGUUCUAAGUAAAUAGAUCAAUGUUGCAUCGUUGAACGUGGAUAUUUUAGUGUUAUUGUAUAUUUUUAUAAAAUAAAAUAAGAAAUUAUUUUUAUUAUGUUCUCCAUGUUGGAUCGGCGGCCCAGAUGUGCGACUGUUAUCAGUCACAAUUGACAGUAUGUACAUUACAUUUUUGUUAUGUCCACAUCUUGUUAAAGGAUUCAGACGCCGACUGGUUGGAAGGUUCUGCCACAGAUUAAACUGUUUUGGCAGAAUAAAACUAAUGAUUUAUAUUUUAUUUCCCAAAUUAUCUUGCUGCUGUUACUUGGUUGUUACGACUUAUUUUGUAAAAAAAAAAAAUAUGGUUACGUCUAUAUCCCUUGCGAGGUAGACAAAACCAACAGUCUUUUAAAGACCGAUAGGCCACGUUCAUCUGUUUGGCUUGAUGAUAGAAUUGAGAUUCAAAUAGUGACAGGCCACUAAUCCUAGGCCAUCGCCUAAAAAAAGAAUCCCAAGUUAUCAAUACAAUCUCUAUCUCUUUCCCACAACAUCCAUGGGAAAGAGAUGGAGUGGUCCCAUUCUUCCCUGUACCGUUGUCGUUAACCACACGGCACUAUUUAGUAUCUGUAAUUUAAUAAGCAAUUUACGUACUAUCUCGAAUGAUGGGAAUUAUUUAAUUUAUACACGACUGAAAAUGUAUGAAUUGCGAAUCUACUAUAUUUCAAAUCUAGCGGGCAAGUACUUUCGUCUCUCAAAGGAUAAGUUAAGUUUAAAAAAUGUUUUAGAUUGUUGUGAUCUACGUCGCUGUUUUUGUUUUUAAUAAAGUGCUCAACAGAUUUCCGUAAAAUUUAGUAAAAAGUAAAGCUUUUUUUUUUACUAUAUUACGCCCGCGUAAAAUAUAUCCUAUGUCCUCUUCCGGGAGUCGUAUUAAAAAUUUAAUGGAGACUGGAUCAUUGCUUUUGCUGUGAAGAAUUAACAAAAAUACUAUCGCAUUUAUAACAUUUCUUGGGAUGAAACGUUAAGCUUUUAUAUCAACACAUUUAUUAAGCUCUAAAUAUUCGAGAACCAUUUGAUACACUAUCAGUAGUGUAUCAAAUAAUUCUUGAAUAUUAAAUAGUCGGACUAUUCUUUAUAAUAUCUAUCUGAUCGAAUCUGUGAUGGAGUAAAUUUUGAUCAUUUUCUUACAAUUUUCUGGAAGUACAAGCCGUGUAAUUAUUUAUUUUAUUGAAAAGAUUUGCGUCAAGAUCAAUUGAGCGUUGUAUAAAUAUAAACUGUAUAAAGGAAUUCAGUUCCAAACUAUUUUGUAUAUAUUUUAAUCUAUUUUUAUGUAGUUAAAAAUUAUGCAAUCCAAUUCGAAGAAUCCAAUGAAUUAAUAAGCAAUACUUUAUAAUCUACUUGGGUCCUAAGAGACGGGUAUUUUAUGAAUAAAUAUGUUUCUGCAGAACAGAUUUUAUUCAUAGAUGCAUUUAUCAAAUGUUUACAUUAGCAUGUACUAUCAGUCGACUGAAUGAAUCGAUUUAUAGUUACAUGCACGUUUUAUUAAUUUAAAGCUAUGAUUUCAAGACUUAAAUGUUGUUAAGUGUGUAGGGUACUUAAAAUUGAAUUUUAUAUAACUUUUAUGUGUCAAAUAAUAUAUUCUGUGAUCUAUCUUGAAUUCCUUUAUGCAUUCGUUGAUAAAAAAAUAUUUUCUGUGACAUUGAAAUGUAUUACUUUA